AUGGAUCCAAAAGUAUCACGGCUCCGCCAAUUCUGCUUCGAAGACCCCAAAUGUACACAAGCUACGCACAAGCGAACAGUAUCAACAUCGACGUCGACGCGUACUGACAACAAGUUGUCUGAACGCGAAGAAAUUCAAUUUUUCUACGACGCCAUGAACUGGACAGAGAUAGAUGCAACCGUCCCGUCUCCAACUUUUUCUAUUGUCAAGCAAACUGCCUCGGAGGGAGAGUGGUUGCAAGAGGACACGGAGGAGGUUAUACCAAUUCUGCCUCGGGCACAGCCAGGUGGUCGGUUUGACUGGCGUCGUACAGCUAGUUCCAGGUUGAAGAAGCCAAACAGCAGCGUAGAGAAGAAAUCCUACGCGAGACGUAUGCGUGCCCAACCCGUCGAGCACGACCCACACCGGCCAUUCUACUCGGCUGUCCAGCGGUACCGUUCAAAGUUUAUGCAGCUUCUUGCCCAUGAAGAAGCGGAAGACGAAGCGGUCCUUAGGCAUCGGUUAUCGACCUGGAGUCUCAAGCGACUGGAAACUGAAGGUUAUUGCAUGACGGGUUUAUCUGCAUACUGGCUUCAGGCAAAUCAAUUCGGAAGACCUGUAGCGUCGUUUCUAAUGGGUCCUGGUAUAAAGCUCCCGGAAAACAAACUUGAAAACGGCACUCAGGUGCUAUUAUCGCGUGUCGAUCCACUCAAAGAAUGCCCACAAAUUGGCUCUGUUCUCUCACGCAACGAAUCCCAUAUCCGUAUCUGCUUUCCAAACCACUUCGACCUCCAUGAAGGUGUCUGGCGACUGGACUUGGGUCGCCCCAAUCUCAUGUACGAGCGCAUGCGGAAUGCAAUAUCCAACCUCGACUGGGAUCCUCAAGAAAUCGAGAAGAUGGGUUCGGACCCUUCAACCGAAUAUAUUCUUCAGGGUACAGAGCUCCGCGACGUUAUCCUUAAAUCCUUCGUUCCUCCAUCACCGACGGACGAAGAACCUACUGCUGUCCAAGCUUGCGAGAAUGUUAGUACUGCUCCGACACCGCGUCUUGACGCGGAGGACUCGGAGGGCCGAAAGUUUGAAGAAUAUGGUGCUUUCAAACUGGACCAGCGUAUCCUCAGCUGGGCGAGGCGUUAUUCAAGAUCUAAUCCCGUGGUAGUAGAGGGCGACCCUCCUUUGUCUGGCAUGAAUGCAUCCCAAAUCAGGGCUAUGGCGGCAAUGAUUGGUCAGAGGAUGUGUCUUAUCCAAGGGCCUCCUGGAACGGGAAAGACCAAGACGAUCAUCGAAACCAUCAAGCUGCUGAAGGUCCACUUUCAAGUUCCUCAGCCCCUCCUCGUGUGUACCUAUACCAAUGUCGCAGUUGACAACCUCGUCGAAGGAUUUGCGCGUGUCGGCGUCAAACCCCUCCGUGUAGGGUUUAACGGGAACGUCCGCCAAUCCCUGCUCGAGCACUCUCUUGACUACAAACUCGAACAGCAUCCCCUACAUCCCGUCCUCUUGCGGACCGUCGACGAAGAGACGCAAGUGAAGGACCAGGUCUACAAGCUGAGCGACUCGUACAAGGAGCUGGCGCUGAAGCUCAAGGAAAGCAAGCGGCCACGGAAAGCAACCAUCGAGCGUGCGAUGCGCAUGAAGGAGGCCCUCAUCUCGCUCGAGAAACGGCAUAAGAACAUCAAGCGGAAGAUAUAUGCUAUCCAGCAGCAAAUGUUGCGCGAGACUAUCGCUGAUGCGGAUGUCAUCUGCACAACGUGUAUAACGUCGGCAUGUGCGGCGCUCAACGUCAUUGACUUUCCUGUCGUCUUUCUUGACGAGGCUUCCAUGUCGACUGAGCCGGCAUCAUUAAUUCCUAUCGUCAAAGGCUCCCAGCAUGUAGCAUUGAUCGGCGACCACAAGCAGUUGCCACCCGUCAUCACGAGCAAACGAGCAAAGGAGGAUGGGCUUGGGCUGAGUCUGUUCGAGAGGUUGACAGAGGAAGGACACGUGCCUUCGGUUAUGCUUGACAUACAGUACCGCAUGCAUCCCACCAUAUCAAAGUUCCCCGCCCGCGAGUUUUAUGGUUUGGCAUUGCAAGAUGGGACUGUCGACGUCUUUGGCAAGCCAUUGCCUAGCCUGGAGCCGCCUAGGUCAAAGCACCUAAAGAAGAAGACGGGCAAAGAGAAGCCGUCGGUCAUUUUCCUCGAUCAUACGGGCAACGAGUCGUUCAAAGGACGAAGUCGGGUUAAUAUUACUGAAGGCCACAUCGUGGCGAGCAUCGUUGAAGACCUCCUCUUGGCCAACAAACACCUGCACGGACGCGACAUCGGGGUAAUCGCGCCUUAUGCCGCGCAGAUUACGCAUAUCACCCGACUGCUGAACCUCGACUCGCACUACAAGGAACGAUUCGAGCAGGUGCUCGGGUUGCAGCGUGCGAUGCAACUCGCCCAUAUCGAGAUUAAGACUGUCGAUGGGUUCGAGGGGCGCGAGAAGGAGGUCAUAAUCUUCUCCACCGUGCGGAACAACAGUGCCGGGCACAUCGGAUUCCUCGCGGACCGUAAGCGCCUGAACGUCGGCCUAACGAGGGCGAAGCGUGGCUUGUUUGUCGUUGGAAAUCUAGCGACGCUGGGCGCGGGGAAGAUGGCCCCGAGCGCAGUGUUCAAUGAGGCGGCUGCUGAUGCAGAUUCCGUCGCCGAUGCCGAUGCCAGCAACGGCGAGAAGACGAAGAAAAGCAAGGCGCAACGCGGCAGCGAGAGCUGGUUCAACUAUGCCAGGUGGUUGAUGGAGCGUGGUCUGGUGAUCUCGCUCUCUGGUCCGUCGCUGGAACAUGCGCUGUACGGGCACUGGAACGAGACGCAGAAAUGGAAGCCCUUACUCUCAGGUUCUUCAGCACCUUGGGAGCGGCCUGCCCGCUUGCGUGUCGCUCAAUGA